CUCCUGCGAACCGCCCCUCGUUGCUACAACGUCUGACCAUCUUUGACGCGACGCGGGUUAUCCAAAUGUAGUGGCCUUUGAUUGUCUGUAGUGAUCAAACGAUAAAGUGAUACGGUGCCGUCGCGGAUCUAGCUAAAAAGUUAUCGUGAGAAUUGCAACUCGCAUCGACCUACUCAAGAGCAAUCUACCGUCGAGUGUGGUGCCAAUGCCGAACAUCACUGAAGGUGCGCCUGUGCAUGGCAACCCGGCUCAUUUACUGCCGCCCUCAUGGAAGAAGCACAUCGCCCUAUGGCUCGAAGAAGACACGCCGAGCUUCGACUAUGGCGGCUUCGUUGUCGGUGAUGGCCCGGCCGAAGCUCGCCUAUUGGCGAAGAGUCCUGGAAUCCUCGCAGGCGUGCCAUUCUUCGAUGAAGUUUUCCGUCAGCUCGAGUGCACUGUUGAAUGGCACGUCCUCGAAGGCGACUCCGUUGGCACGGGAGAGGGCAACAAGAAGCAACACAUAGCGACAGUGAAGGGCCCCGUCCGUUGCCUGCUGCUAGGAGAGCGAGUCGCACUUAACACACUAUCGCGGUGUUCUGGCAUCGCGUCUCAAUCCCAUCACCUCCUGACUCUGCUUCGUGCGGCCGGCUAUAAGAAUACCUUGGCCGGAACACGCAAGACAACACCAGGAUUCCGCUUGGUGGAGAAGUAUGGCAUGCUCGUUGGUGGAUGCGAUCCGCAUCGUCACGACCUCAGCGCCAUGACCAUGCUCAAGGACAAUCAUAUCUGGGCCUGUGGCGGCUCCAUCCCAAGUGCAGUCGCUGCCGCCAAGGCGGCUGGAGGCUUUGCAGUGAAGGUCGAAGUGGAAUGCCAAAGCGAGGAGGAGGCACACGCUGCCAUCGAAGCCGGCGCUGAUGUUGUCAUGUUGGACAACUUCACACCAGAGGGUGUGCGGAUUGCCGCGAAGAACCUCAAGGAUCGCUGGGGUCGUGGCCGAGCAGCUCGAGCGCUGGUGGAGAUCUCCGGCGGAUUGACAGAGACGAAUGCACCGAGUUACGUCUGCGAUGACAUAGACAUCAUCAGCACAUCCAGCAUUCACCAGGGCGUGCGACACGUGGACUUCUCGCUCAAGGUGGUGCCCAAGGAAUCAGCUGCGGUUUCGUCAGCUGCGGCGCAAGCAGGGAUGGGAGAAUCUCCUGAUGUAUAAUUGAAAUGAGGAAAUUCCAAUGGGUAAUUCCAAGUGAAGUGCUGGGGUCCCAUGUGCCUUGCCAUGUGUUGAGUCCAGACCCGAAGCUUUGAUAACUUGCUCAUUGAUAUGAACGUUAGUGGGGUAGUCAAUGUGCUCGAUCUAUAGAUUCGUCAUCUCGCACCGUUGUGAAGGUCAUGAUUGCCGUCCAGCUACCUGUCGAGCAACAUGACCACCAGGAGCAGUCAACGGUCAAGAUGACGCAAUGUCGAAGGCAUGAAGGGAGAUGAACCAA